CCCGUUUUGGGAGACCGUGGAGCAGGGUGGCCUACAGAGGUUGCAGCUUCCUAGUGGGGUACAAAUGCAGCUGUCGUGACCACGACGGAGAGCUAGCUGGUAUACAAGAUCAGAUUACUCCUCAGAUUGUGAGUAACUGGAAAAAGCUGCUCUGAAUCGCUGGUAUUGUGCGGCUCUUUGCGACGUAAUGGAAGUCAGCGGGGUCUUGGGAGGCCGGUUGCAGCGAUGGCGGGGUCACGAUUGGACGAGACGGUAGGCGACAGCGGCGGGCGGCUGCACGUCAGUCGGUCGGGCAGCAAGCAGACGACAGGCGCGAGAGCUGUGACAGUGGUGUCUUACAGCAACGUGAAGCAGCCGGCGUUGGAGUCGAUCUGCAAUGGCGAUGAAGCAGCGUUCAGAGAGGGAGAAAGGAGCAGAAAACACUGCGGCUUUCCGGAGGCGCCCGAUCUACUUAUUUUGACAAGUCAGCGCGCCAGCGGCCUCAGGUACCCAUUCAAAAGACAGCUCGAGCUGGCUUCGCGCGAUUUGGGUACCACCGCUUUUGCGGCAGCUCAGGUGGGCGGGAACUGUGGAGACAGGCUACUGCAGUGGCGCGUUGGGCACCAACCUGUGCUGGUGCCCACCAAAACUCGGCUGCAAGCCUCCCGUGAUGACAACACGUUACAAUGGGCUCUCUUAUGCAGUAAACAGUUGCUUGUGAGUUUCAAUAACACCAUACUGUGCAUCAGUUGAUCCAAAGUAAGAGGUUCAGUCGAAAUCAACAGCCAUGACUGCCUUCUGUGAAGAACGGAAGUGGCUAGUGGCGGCUUG